CGGGUUGACUUGGUGGCCCGCCGCUGGCGACGGCACCCUGAGCUGCGAAGAGUGGCUUUCGUGCCCCCGGUGCUUGUUCUCUGCCGAGUCUACACAGUCCACCUGCCGCCGCAGCCUCUCCACUCGCACCGCGCUGCCCUGCCCUGUCCUGCCUCAGCCUCUGCCCUCCCCGCGAUGCUCUCGUACCUGUAACGCUGCAAUGGCGCUGUAGAGCGAGUCCGCCGCCGCUGAGAGCCCAUUUAGCGUGUCCCACGCAUUCCGCCUGCUGCCUCCACCCGCGCACCAACCCGUGCUCCGCUGCGUGCUAUAUCCUUCUCCGCCACCCUCUGCGCGCAACAUGUCCAGCCACGACCCGCACGCCCGCGCCGACCUCAACAUGGCCCACCCCCACCAUGCGCAGCCUGCUGCGACCGAUCUCAAGCGCAAGAGGAGCAGUUCGCACGAGAAUGUGCACCCGGCCGCGCCACACCCAAAGGCUGCCAAGACCCACAACCACCUCCAGAUCAACUACCUCGUGCGCCACCUGGACGCAGACCUGCCGCUGAUCACCAAUGACGACACGCUGCCCAACAUCCUGUCGCUGCUUAGCGACUACCAGGGCGUGCUCGACCGCCACGAGUCCAUGGCCUGUAAUCUGGGCGCAAGGCCGCUGGGACCCAUCCUCAUCAAGCGCUUCGAGCGGCUCUUCGACGGCCCGCCGCGCGUGCUGAAAAGCCACGGCAAGGACGGUACGACCGUCACAUGGCUCGACGUGGUCGAGUUUGCGCGCAACAAGCCAGAGCAGUUCCAGCUGGGCCAGAUGAGCGAAGGCGUGCGUGUCUGCCAGUUCUACACCAAGCAAUGCCGCGUCCAGAUCAGCGAGGAAGAUUUCGUGCUUAUCUCUUCUGGCAUCCCACAGAAGAUGAUUCCUCCCCAGCCCAUCAUAGAGGACGAGGAGAAGGAGCUGGGCACCAUCGAGAUCUUGGAGAAGAACCUGGGCCAGAUCUGCCAAUUGGCCGACCAGGUUGCUGCGCGCACCCGACAGCUCAACCACAGACUGAAGGGACGUAAACAAGCUAUCUUGGACCGCAGAGCGACCGCGAGCCCCGCUCCCCCUAUUCGGCCGCUGAGCCCCUCCAAUGUAGCGCUCAUGAAUGGCAGCAGCUCCAGUCACGCGCCUCAGGCCCAAGCGCAGCCAUCGCAGCCCUCGCAGCCCCCGCAGCCCUCCCAACCCUCGCCGGGUGGCUUUGUUGCUGUCAAUGCGCGCCCCAGCGAGUCUAAUGGCAACAGUCAUGGCCAUGGUCAUAGCCAUAGCCAUGGUCACAGCCAUGGUCACGGUAAUGGCUCCUCGUCUACUACUCGUCACGAGUUGCUCUCAAAGUUCCAUACUGUUAACGAUCGGCGACCAUCGUCACAAAACGUGAAUGGCAUGCUAGACGCGAGGCGUCCAUCCGUCGGGCCCCACCCGGUGUCUCACCCAUCUACACCAGUCGCAAACGCUUCAAGGGCACCCCCAAAGCCCGUCGAGGCCCCAGCGCCACCACCGCCCAACCAUGCAAGGCCUCCGCAGCUAAACGAAGCUGAACUUCAAUCAAUGAUGAACUCCCCCGUUCCGAUUCCAAACACACCGUCUAACCUUCUACCGGCUGCGAGUCAGCGUGCAAGUCAGCCAGUAGAGAAAGAUGAUGGUGGGCCAUACAAGGCCGAGAUGGUCCACAGAAUGGAGAGCCUUGGCAAGGGCGAACGCAUUCUGCCUCCAUGCGACCGGUGUCGAAGACUGCAUAUGGAUUGCCUCAAAAAUCUCACUGCAUGUAUGGGCUGUACCAAGAAGCAUGCCAAAUGCUCUUGGAAGGAAGUCCGAGAGGGUGAGCUGCAAGGCGCGUUCACACAUCUGUCGGGCACAAACAGCAACAUGCAUACCGACACAUCAGACCAUGAGAGUCACGACCGAGCAAGUACCGCUAGCCCGCCAUCUAUGAUGAGCCCCCAUCACGGAUAUGCAUCGAGCCACAUAGCAAGCAGUAACGGACAAUCAACACCACAGCCUCAGGCCAUCGCUCACCCGCCGCCGCAGCAGCCGCAGCAACCAUCGCAACCACCGCAACCACCGCAACAGCAUCAAAUACCCCACCCGCACCGUCCGCACCCGCAGCAACCGCAGCACCUUUCACAGUACUCGCCGCUUCACGAUCCACGGAUAGCGUCCGGUCGCCAUUCACCUCCCGAGCGCGACCACGAGCGGGAAGGGCAUGCAGAGGCCCAGUUGCAGGAAGCUGCUAAGUCCAGUCUCGCACAGCACGCGACUAUAAAGUCUGGACCCGAAGCAAAAGGACAUGAAUAUCAGACUGCCAUAGCGCAGCAAUAGAAUAUGGACAGAAACAUGUGGCAAAGAAGAGCUUGGUGACGAAACGAUGGCGGGUCGAUUGGUGGCGUGUAAGACGCGACAGCUACACGCUCAACAGCAUCGAUACAGCAGUACAAAGGUAUAUGGGGGAAGGUGGCGUACAAGGGGUCCGGAGGUUAGUGCCGGGAGAAUCUGGGCGUCUGCAGGGGUCGUCAUGACAGGGACCAGUGCACGACGAGCUGCAGGGAAGCGGUGGGUUCGGUCCAUCUCCCGAGGAGGCGGGUCGAACGAACUAUCGGGAGUGAG